AUGAACCGCAUGAGAUUGGCAUUCGUGAUCAAACCCAGUCACCAAUUCCUCGCAAAUCCUGACUCUCACGUCAACCCGCGCAUAAACAAUUCAGCGGCACAGUUGGCAAGGCUGCGGUUUGGACUUGUACGCAUUGCCAUCGGUGGCGAAGUUUUGCCCACUCAAGGGAAGGUGCCAUGCACAAUGCGUUGCCUGUCUCCUUCUCUCUCUCUCUCGCUUUCACCACCUCUGGAGGCUCUUAACAAGUCGGUCUCGCCUCCAUCAUCUACUCCAGUCCAGUUUCCGGUUGGCUUGUGUGACAUUGUUAAACACUCCUCGGUUAGGAAACGAACAUGA